AUGUUUUAUCAGGUGUAUGUUCCUGACAAACACAGGGACUUCCUCAGAUUUCUGUGGUGGCCUGGUGGAGAUACUACUAAACCUUUGGAGGCCUACAGAAUGAAGGUCCAUAUCUUUGGAGCUGUUUCUUCACCCAGCAUUGCCAACUUUGCUCUGAAACAGACAGCAGAAGACAACACCUACAAGUACGACAAGGAAGUAACUGAAACAGUCCAACGCAACUUCUAUGUCGACGAUUGUCUUAAAUCGGUGGCCACAGUGAAUCAAGCUGUUAAGCUUAUCAGAGACCUCAAAGAUGUUUGCUAUCAAGGAGGCUUCUCAUUGACUAAGUCGGUCAGUAAUAGCCGGGAGGUUUUGCUGAGUAUUCCUGAGAGUCAGAGAGCCAGUAAUCUCAAGGAGCUAGACUUGGAUAGAGAGCAACUGCCCAUUGAAAGAGCGCUUGGGAUCCAAUGGAAUACGGAAAGUGACACAUUCACAUUCAAAGUUGCCAACAAGAACAAACCGCUUACCAGAAGAGGUAUUCUCUCCAUGGUUAGCUCUAUUUACGAUCCGUUGGGAUUCCUUGCCCCAUUUAUCCUCAAAGCCAAGCAGAUACUCCAAGAGCUUUGCAAAUUAGAAUGUGGAUGGGAUGAAAUUAUCCCAGAAAAACUCGCUAAGAGAUGGCAGAUAUGGAUCACAGAGUUGGAGCAACUCAAGAGAUUUCAAGUGGACAGAUGUACAAAACCUAACAACUUUGGCCUUGUCAGAUCUGCAGAGCUUCAUCACUUCUGUGAUGCCAGUGAGGCGGGUUAUGGCACAGUCAGCUAUCUCAGGUUCACAGAUGCAGGAGAGAUCCAUGUCACAUUCAUCCUGGGGAAAUCCAGGGUCACCCCCCUCAAACAGAUUACGAUCCCUAGGUUGGAGCUGGCAGCAGCAACUCUUGCGGUGAAGAUAACGCUGGCGAGUGCCGGGUCCGGCGUGUCAGACGCCUCUCUGAUCGGCUGCUGA